AUGGUAAUAUUAAUAUGUUUAGCCUGUACACGAAACAAUAGCCUGUGGAAAAUUAUAUUAGUGUGUAACACGUUUAAUAUCUCGCAAACCAUUCAAUUUGUAGUUAUAUUAUUUUACUAUUGGUUAAUGCAUAUGACAGGCGCGAUAUUAAACAAUAUUAAAGAAAAUUGCUUGGCUUUCACAACUGAACAUUUACACCGAGAGGGGUUUACAACACCAGUUGUAAGAAGACCCAAUAGAAAUUUCAUAGUGCCCCUAAAGCAGUUGGAAUUGAUUUAUAUGAAUACUAUAGAAAUCAAAUGUGAGAUCAAUGAUGUUUUUGAAGCACCCAUUAUAUUCAUAAUGAUUCAAAUGUUUCACGCAUUGGUAACCAAUACACAUAUGGCAUACCAUGGAACUAUACUUGAAGCAACGUUUUCAGUAAAUGAAUUCUGUAUUAUCGCAUUGUGGACAAUUUUUCAAAUAAUCAAAGUGUAUGCUUUUGCAUCUUGUGGAGAGUUAUUGAAGUUAGAGGCAAAUGAAAUAGCCCAAGUUCUUUAUAAUAUUCCAACUGAUACACAUACUGUAACAGUAAUGACCGAGGUGCAGCAUUUCUCCUCGGUAAUUUCGUGUCUUAGCCCUGAAGUUACAAUCUACGGUUUCUUUCCACUCGAUGCCACAUUAUUAUUUAAUGUAAUAGCUUCUGCAACAACUUAUUUAAUUAUUCUAGUACAGUUUGAUAACGAUUAA